AGAAUGUUCGAUGUCAUGUCCUGUCGUGAUGUGAAACGUUAACGUUGUAUUCCACCCGCCAGUCGUCCACCAAGUGGUCCUUGACGUCCGUAAGCCUUUUGACUCCUAGCCCGUCUCCGUGUAGUUCAUUCUGUUUUCGUCGAUUGUGUCUCUGACUUCUCUGUGUCGAUAAUAGAUUGAUAAAUAUUUUCACUAUUGUUGCAGGAACAGCACCAAAAAUCUUCAUCUCAACAUCAUGUCCCAGUUUCUGAAGCGGUUUUGCCAGGGCGCCCGGAAGGCGCUGCAACAGGCGAGCUUGAGCACAGAACAGACCGGGCCUGCUGCAGCACCUUCAAAGCAACCGAUCAUCUUCGUGAUGGGCAACACUUCGUGCGAUUUGGAUAGUGUCUGUUGCGCUCUCGCCCUGGCCUAUCUUUUCGAGUUGGACAAAACGUCGAAAACAGCAAACAUUUCCUACAUUCCGCUCCUGAACUACCGCCGGCAAGAUUUCCCGAAGCUGCUGCAACAGGCCUACUGGCUGGAAAAGUACUUCCAAAUUUCCGUCGACGAUCUCUGUUUCUACGAAGACGCCGUGGCUACCAUGUCUGCUAGUAUUCCUGCGAAGGACGACGAGAAGGCUACCGCUCCUGGUGCAGCCGCGGGACCACCAUCACCUGCGUGUUCCUUCCUCCUCGUCGACCACAACGAGGUCGACCCCACACAGAGGGAAACUCUGCGGGGGAAGGUCGUUGGCUGCGUCGACCACCACGAGGUCAACGCCGGAAAUAAAGUGGAUCAGUUCCUACGAGGAACUUCUUCUUCCCCAGACGACCCCGCGUUUGCUUCCUUUCCGCAAAUUCUGGACAUCCGCAUUCCCUCCGUCUGCGGUCCGGAGGCCAUCGUUGGCAGCUGCUCUAGCUUGAUUUUGGAACGAACAGUGAAAGUGUACGAAAGUAGGAUAGCGACGCCGGCGACGGGUACUACUGGUUUACAACAAACCGAGUUUUUUUCCGAGCUUUUCUCGCUUCUCUCCGGCGCGAUUUUGUGCGACACGCGAAAUUUCGCGGACGCGACCAAGGGCAAAUGUGCCCAAGAGUUUUCCGAGCUUUAUUUUUCGCUUCUCUCCGGAGCCAUUUUGUGCGACACGCGAAAUUUCGCGGACGCGACCAAGGGCGUCGGGGAGUGGCUUCGGGGGGCAACAGCGCAAGAGCUCCGCAAAAGCCCUCCAGCAAGGCAUGCCACGACCCCAGCUGGAUGCUGUCUGACACGCGGCGAGUGGCGCCGCCGCAGCCGUCUGGCCUUAGAGGCCCGGAGCCCGCUCGAAGGCGGGGCUCUGCUCCCUUUCUAGUAGACCCGGAUCAGUUGGGUUCCUGCCUUGGCACGCGGGCAGGGCCUGGGUCGCAGCGGGAUGGGAAGACACCCCGUCAGAGGCAUUGCCAAAUUAGCAGACGCGAAGCCGGCCAUAAGACUGCCGUCACCCGCGCCGCGGACAGAGGAGUGCGUCGGAACACGGCGCAUAAGCCUUGCUGCCCCACUGGCGGCGGAGGAGCUAGGAUGGGGAUCCACAUGGCCAGCCCCGGCAUGCCUGUUGCUCUGAGGCAAUUCGACCUGCAUUGCUUUGGGUUUGUGCUGCUUCGGGACCUCCCCGGGGGACCUCCCCGAGGGACCUCCUAAAACCGACCAAAAGUGGAAUGGUUCGGAAAAUCUUCGCCCGAUGGUAUGAGACCUCCUCGUAGAGGUCCCUUGAGGACCUCCCUUGAGGACCUCCGGGAACGCCUCGAAAGGCCAGACUUCGGCUCGCACCUUUCCGCAGGACAAGGUCAGCACCCCCCACUCCUGAAGCAAAGUGAACGGCCAACCCCGGAGCCCCGGCCGGAAGGCGGGCGCACGGGUUUCUGCCAACACUGUGGCGGACUUGUAGAUCCGAAGCUGCGCAUGGUGGAAACGCGACGCAGCCUGCCGCCCGAAAAUAAAAGUUGCGAAAUCUGAGCGAAGGGCGCUCAAGCUUCGCCCAAAAACGUCAUCCCGCUGGCCAGCGCCUGUUCCUUCAUUGCAACAAUGGCCGCGCGCCAUGAGCUUCAUUAAGAAAGCCAACAUGCUUUCCGCGAUAGGCGAGCUUCAGAGGCCGUGGCAAAUUGGUGGACAAGACAAGACGGGCGUCUAGCUAGUCUCCGAUGUGCUAGCUUUCCUCGCCCGCUUCACCGUCAUGCCUCCGGAGCUGCGCAAAUUGCCCCAAAAGCUAUGCGACUCCGUGCGGCGGCCUUUUUACCCGGAGCAGUGCGGCACAACUGUGCGACCGGUCGAGGGCUCACAGUCGGCGCCCGACUCGAGCAUGAACCAGCUUGAAUGCUCAAGAUCUGUGCACUGUGUGCUGAUUCUUUGCUCGCCGAUUCUGAUGGGCCUUUGCGCGCGCGCGUUCCGAUACUUAAAGAAAAAUUUGAAAAUAUUUCUUGAUUCAACAGUUGAUCGCGUUAUAGCGGGUACUACUGGUUUACAACAAACCGAGUUGUUUUCCGAGCUUUUUUCGCUUCUUUCCGGCGCGAUUACUAAGUGGAAAUUUCCCGGAAACCGGAAAAUUGAAAAAAAUCCCUCUCUUUUGAAGACGACGCUGCGAGUACGACGUCGAGACGCGGUGGCUGCUCGGCGGGUUGCUGCGCGGAUGUUCCUGCUUCUGCUCAAAGAAACCAGUCUAAUUGAUCCACUCAAAAAUCCUCACUCACAGGUACUCACUAUACGAAAAUAUCAAAGCACUCUACAGGUCGAAAUCCUUACCCUGUCACGCCGAUCCGCCGCCAGCAGGAGAUAAACACACACACACGCCACAACUACUUCAUUCGCAAAUCAUAGUAGACUCUCCUCAUCAUAAAUCUCUACGCAUCAGAAAUUCAAAUAAAAAACUCAGAUCAUACAGGCUACCGCUACUCUACAUGUGUGGCCCUACAGAACCGAGGUGCUCAGGUUCGGAGUGGUCGUAGUCGAGCAAGGUGCCGAAGAGCAGGUGGAUCACCAAGAGGACGUGUUGCACCGGGUGGCGCAACAUGUCCUCAAGCUGGUGAGACAAUACGGCGCCAGCAGUUCCUGGGAUCUCGGUCCAGACGUGGCGGUGGUUCUGGUUGAUUUUUUAAGCUGUAAACCUGAUGGGAGAAUUUCAAUUUGAUUUUUGAUGUCGGAAUGCGGAAGAACCUGUCUAUUUGAGAACUUUUUGAAAUGAUCUGGAUUUAUGUGAUGUUGUGGCGUGUGUGUGUGUGGGGAUGGUCGAUCUUUCCGUCGGCAACCGCGGGUACCUGGUAAGACAUUGAUGUUUCUGUUUAUAUCAUGAUGAGAAUGUGACGCGAGCCUGGACGCUGAUCUUCCCGGACCGGAUAGCGAGACGUAGGCGGAGGACUUUUAGCACGUUUGGAGGCGGAGGACUUGGAGGACACCAACAGGGCUGCUUCCUCCACGGGACUUCUGCGAAAGGGAGGGAAUUUUUUCAAUUUUCCGGUUUCCGGGAAAUUUCCGCUUAGUAGCGAUUUUGUGCGACACGCGAAAUUUCGCGGACGCGACCAAGGGCGCAAAGUGGUCUGUGAAGGGGGAUAAGGAUAUCCAAAAAAAAAUGUUAACAUUAACAUUUUCACUAGUCAAAUUUUUGUCAUGUUUUUGUGUGAUUUUUUUUUGUAUUUUUUCAUGCCAAGUAAUGAACUACUGUAGCUACUCGAAAUAGAACCCAUGGGCAGCUAGCUACAGCUAGACUUCUAUGUUAUUGUUGAGAGCUAGCUAGGCUAAGGUGUGCCGGCGCGGCGGACGUGAAGGAAAACAAGGCGGCCGAGGUGGCGGCCAGAGGUGCGGGGAGACUGGGAAACAAGGCGGCCGAGUUGGCGGCUGGAAUGAGCCUGCUGAAGGCCUUGGGGCAGUGUGCUCGUUUUUCCUCCGUGCUAUCAUGCACCAUCAUAAUCGUACUGCCUUCAUCGCAGCCCAGUCUUCAGCUGCUCUUCUUGACUCUAGGGCAGACCGGGGCCAGAGGUGGCCCAGCUUUUGCCUUUCGCCGUUGACCCCAGCGACAGAGAAAAAAGGCAGUUUUUUUGAGCUUUGGGCCAAAAAUUGGCGCUCAAGCAAAAUCGCAAAUUCCCGUGCGAAAAUGCAGAUUUUCAGGCAAAUGUUAACAUUUCGGGCUACGUCCAGAUUCCCGCGCAGAAAUGCAAGAUUUUGGGCAAGUGUUAACAUUGGUCUGCAAAUUUGCUCAAAAAAUGCUCAAAAGUUGCCAUCUUUUUUGCGCAAAUGUUAACAUCCGGCUCCGGAACGUCCCCGAAUGUUAACAUUCCCAAAAAUGAGCGCUUCCCUGCAUUACAAAUUGAACAUUUUGAAUUUAUAAAAGGUGGCAACCCGAUCUCCAUGGUCGCGACCCGUUGGUGGGCCGACCACAUCAUCAACCAGACGAAGGCCCGGAACCAGCUGGAUUGCUUUCGAGCAUUAGUUGCAAACGAGCAGCGCCACUACCUACGCGCGCACGAAGGCCCACGCACGUCCUCGAUGUAGCAGGACGGAUCCCGAGACCUUAGCCUAGUUAGAUCAAAACAUAAGCUACAGCAUUUAGCUUGUUGUCCGUGGGUUCAUAUGCAUAGUAUCGCGCAUUCAGCGCAAUUCCAAUGCAAAAAAUGAUUUUUUUUUGUCAAAAAACGCAUUGAAAUUUUGACUAGUGAAAAUGUUAAUGUUAACAUUUUUUUGUUGAAUAAAGGAGACUUACGAGACGGCGAAGCAGCUCUUCGGAGCAGGAACGUCCGCCACAACCAGCACUAGCCUGCUUCCAUCCGACGAGGCCGCCUUGUGCCAGGAUCUUUUUGACAUCAAAUUCGACGUGGAGCGGAAUUUGAACCUCGGUGUGUCGGCUUUGCUGGGCGGGGACUACAAGCAGUUUUCUACCCCGUGUAAAAACGUCCCCACCUUCCCAGAGUCAAAUUCUUAUGGACUUUGCGAACACAAACCUAGAAGUUUUGGGAGUCACGCAUGAUAACUUGCAGUUCGUAGCGUAGUUCAGGUUAACAAGGUCAAGGACAGCCGCGUCACAAAUCCAUCCGCUCGCCUCCCUGUUGAUCACAUUCACAGCAUUACAAAUUAUGCCAAAACUCGUCUAGAGGACACGCCUCUCUUGUUGGGGAUGCGCAAUCCCCAUGACGACUUUGGGCUGGGAACGUUUUUACUCAGGAUAUUUUCCUAUCGCAGUGACACCCUCUCCGUCGGAUACGCGACCUUCCCGAUCCAGCUGGUUUCCGUUUUGCAAAAGUUCGAUUUAGAAAAAACACUACUGCCUGAAAUGAAGGAUUUCUGCGAAUCAAGAAAAGUGUCCCUGCUCGUGAUCCUCAGUUCGGACCGAAACAUGUUGAAACACUUCGGCGUAGGCGUUUUCUGCAACGAGGAAACAGCGGGAAGCGAGGCAAGAAACCUGGCGCUCUCGGCCUUCAACGCGAUCGUCACGUCUUCCGCGACGGAUGCGUCUGGGAGUUUGAAAGAGGAGAUGGGACUUGUGCCCAUCGAGCCGACGGGGGCUAGCGCAACGUCAAUAUUUCGGGUGUACGAGCAGCGGAGGGCGGAAAAGUCGCGGAAACAAGUCGAGCCCUUGAUUCGCCAGCUGCUGAAUUCCAUAUCGAGUAGUCCUGGGAUGACAACCAUUGACGGCAAUUGAGAGACUUUUGACACGGUUUUGCUAAAAAACGUAUAAAAAUCGUGCAACUACAACGAAGAAUUACAUACUAGAAAAUGAAAAAGAUCCGUCGAUCAACUGCAGAACGAAUUCCAC